AUCAUACACAAAUUUAACAAAUUAUUAAUAUAUAAAAUAUCAUAAUGGCUUUGGUAAAAGUUACUCCUAUGCAAGCUUUGGCUGUCGGUGGUGUGUUGUACGGAUUAGGUGCCGCCUGGAUGUUCAAGAACUACUUUAAACAAUCUUCCAUGAGAAAGAUUUACACUAGUGCCGACAAAGAAUACGAAAAGGUCCAUGUCAUGCGUUACCCACAAUACGAAGGAAAUGCUGUUAAGGAAUAGAUUUUUGUAGCGAACUAGCCCAUGUUUGUAUUUCAUAAAUAAAUAUUUAUUCGUUUGGAAUGUCUGUAUCGGGAUGCGUGAUGAAGUUGGCAAUUUUAUCGUUGACUUCCGUCUCGCUGAACUUUUGUUUCAUCUUGGCCAUUAUCUCUUGAUUGUCUGUUGACCAUAUUAGCUUUUUCUCAUAUAGUUGAUUCACAGAUAAGUUGAAGGGGUAGAUACAUUCUUGCGAGGUGCAAGAUAUUAUCAUUAGUGUAGGUUGUAAUAAAUGUAACUUCAACGGAGUUGCACAUAAUGGGCAGUUAGUCAUGCUAUAUCCUUUCUUUACUGUGCACUAUGUUUAU